GUAAUGCUAGGGAGACCAUCUAGUUGUACCAUAUUUUUGUACCAACUGAUGUGGCUGAUGAGUUGGCUAUAAUUUUUUAAUUUUUAAUUUGUACCAUAUUAAAUGAGCUUUUAAUUUUUAAUUUUUUAAUUUUAUUAUCUCUUCACUUUACAGAAACCUAAGCGGUGUAGGAAGUUUUGUUUCACGUAUAUUCAACUGGUUCUUCCUUACCUCUUCCCCUUCCUCAUCCUUAUCUUCUCUCUAAUUUGCCAACGACGAUAAAUCAUACCAGAGUUUUUCCUGACGCCUGUGACGACGGUAAGUUCAUCUCUAUUUCACUCUUAGGUUUUCUCUUGUUGGGUGAUGAUUGAAAUUUUUGGAUUGAUUCUUUGAAUCAUUGAGAUAUUUGUAUUACUCUUACGAUCAGUAUUGAAUACUUUCAUACUAAUUGUAUAUCAUGUUCAAUAUUUGUUUUGGGUCUCAUAACUAGCCGUUUUUGGUUCUUUCUACAGAUGGCUUGACAUGCCUCCCUCCAUACUUGAAGUCUUUGAUUUUUUUUUUUUCUUGUUUUGAGUAAUCUUAUGUUACUGGGAGUUUUGUUUUCUCCUAUCCGUAUUCCCUUUUUGUGUCUUGUGUGUUGUGUUUGUUUUCUCCUAUGCAUAUGGCACUCAUGCAAUUUUGCAAGUUCAAAUAAAAUACCAUGGCUAUAAUAUUACAAUGGUUGCUGUGUUGAAACCUCUUUUUCCUUGCUUGUAUGGAUAUGGGUCUUUGUAAUUUAUGUUGGUUGCUGUUUUGAAAUCUCUUUUUCCAUGCCUUCCAUUACUAUGCAGAUCCUAUUUUAUUUUGUAAUCAUGUCUUCGAGUAGCUUUACGAGUUCAUAUAUUAAUCAAGAAGAAGAUGGGGUUCAAAUGGAAAAGAAUGAUGGUGAAGCAGUAAGUGAGGAGCCUGAAUUGGAGAAUAGAGAGAAUGUGGAAGAGCCUCGAGUUGGGAUGACUUUUAACAACAUUGAUGAUAUAGUUGUCUAUUAUAGAGAAUAUGGGAAGCAAUUAGGGUUUCCCGUGAGGAAGAGAACAUCACAAAAGGGAGAUGAAGGAGAAUUGAAAUAUGUGACUAUUUCAUGUGGUCGAGAAGGCAAAUAUAAGAGUAAAUCAAGUAAUGUCCUAAAGCCACAUCCAAGUAUAAAAAUUGGUUGCAAAGCUAGAGUAAGAGCAGGUAUAAUCUUAGAUGGAAGGUGGCAGAUCAACUCUAUCAACCUUGAUCAUAACCAUGAUAUGAGUCCAACCAAGGCUCGUUAUUUUCGAUGUCAUCGGACAAUAAGUUCAUAUAUGAAAAGGAGGAUUGAGUUAAAUGAUAGAGCUGGAAUAAGGUUAAACAAGAGCUAUAAUUCAUUAGUGGUUGAAGCUGGGGGCCAUGAGAAUAUCUCCUUUUUGGAAAAGGAUUGUAGAAAUUAUAUUGAAAAUGUGAGACGAUUACGGCUUGGGGAAGGCGAUGCUACUGCAAUCCAAACUUAUUUUCUGAAUAUGCAAGCUCAAAAUUCAAAUUUCUUCUAUGCAAUUGAUUUAGAUCAAGAUGGUCGGUUAAGAAAUGUAUUUUGGGCAGAUGCAAGAAGUAGGGCGGCAUAUAAGGAAUUUGGAGAUGUUGUUACAUUUGAUACAACCUACUUGACGAAUAAGUAUGACAUGCCAUUUGCUCCAUUUGUGGGGGUAAAUCAUCAUGGGCAAUCAAUUUUACUUGGAUGUGGGCUGAUUUCAAGUGAAGAUACUGAUGCUUUUAUUUGGUUGUUUAAGUCUUGGCUCACAUGUAUGCAUGAGCACGCUCCUAGGGGAAUAAUUACUGAUCAAGAUAAAGCCAUGAAAAAUGCCAUUGAGAUUAUUUUUCCUAAUACUAGACAUCGUUGGUGCUUGUGGCACAUAAUGAACAAGUUUCCUAGUAAGUUGAACCGUUACAAGCAAUAUGAAGCUAUCAUGUAUGCCUUGCAAAGUAUUGUGUAUGGCUCAUUGGAGAAGGUUGAGUUUGAAGAAGGUUGGGAUGAAAUAAUUGAGAAAUAUGAGUUACAAGACAAUGAAUGGUUGGCUGGACUAUAUAAUGAGAGACAACGUUGGGUACCAUAUUUUGUGAAAGAUAGUUUUUGGGCAGGAAUGUCUACCACACAACGAAGUGAAAGUAUGAAUGCAUUUUUUGAUGACCAUGUAAAUUCUAAGACUACUUUAAAACAGUUUGUGGAGCAAUAUGAAAAUGCAUUGAAAGUUAAGGUGGAAAAGGAGAAGCAAGAAGAUUUUAAGUCUUCAUCCAUUGGUUUUGAUUGUGGAACUCAUUAUAACAUGGAGAAACAGGCUCAAGAGGUUUACACUAUUUCCAAAUAUAAAGAAUUUCAUGAAGAAUUAAUAGGCAAAAUGUAUUGCGACUAUGUUUCACAUAAAGUGAAUGGUGCAAAUUUUGAGUACCAAAUAUCUGAGGAUUUCAUGAUGGAAGGGAAAAAAAAGAGGCUUUAUUUCAAGGUUUGGCUUAAUGAAGAUGACAAUGAAGUCCAGUGCAAUUGUCGCAUGUUUGAGUUUAGAGGCAUAUUAUGCCGUCAUACAAUAUAUGUUUUUCUUCGCCACAACAUUGACUUGAUUCCAGAAAAAUAUAUAAUGCGAAGAUGGAGGAAGGAUGUGAAAAGAUGUCACACAAGGAUUGAAAUCAAUUAUGAAAGCUAUAGUCUCGCACCUGAAGCACAACGAUGUCAUAAGAUGCAAAAGGCUUUUGAUGAGAUUAAGGAAUUGGCAAAUGAUUCUGACAAUAAGUGCAUGAUUGUGAUGACUUGGAUGGAUAAUGUAAAGGAGGAACUCUCCAAACAUAAUGUUGUUUGUGGUAGUGAUCAACCAAAUCCUCAGUCACCUAUUGGCAGGAACAUUGAGAAUGAUGUUAGUUCAAUUCCGAAUGCAAGUCAAUGUAUUCUUACUCCCUUAGCAGCUAGAAAGAAAGGCCGUCCACCAUUUAAAAGGAGGAAAUCUCAGUUGGAACAAGCAGUUAGGAAGAAACAAGAUAGUAAAAAGAAGAAACAAGAGAGUAACAAGAAGAUCAAAUCUUGUGGAAACAACACUAAUGGAGAGAAAGAACUGAAUGAUUUGCAGCCAACAGAAUUUGAUGAUAUUGGCCAUAUUGUUGGUUCAUCUACUUCUAAAGGUGAUGGUGUAGUUGGAACACAAGAGAGCAUUGCUAUGCAGGAAAAUAUGACCACAUUUAUGGGUUUUACUCAAACUGGUCAAUUAAAUCAGUUGUAUAGAGAGUAUGAGAUAGGACAUAUGGCUCAUCCAAUCCUUCAUGACAAUCAUUUUCUGGAUCAUCAAUAUCAAUAUUGGAAUGAAGACUACAAUAUAUACAUGCCUAGCUUUAGUUCUGGAGGAAGUGGUGGCCAACGAAACUGA